AUGGUAUUUCAAUUUCAAUACGCGAUUACGAGGCCCUAUCCUUUUCGACAUUGCACAAUCUUUGUGGUGAUAUUCUUUUUCAUCACUACAGUACUACUUUCCGUAUUCAAUACAAUAGUCACCGGCUACGAACUACGCAUAUCCUACUCUUCCAGUCCCAAUGCAACCAUUGCGAAGAGGUUGUGGUAUGACAAGCCCGUUUUUAGUGGUAUCCAAAAACUCUCAUCGAGCUGCGAACCGAAAGAGAUUGGAGUGCAACAAGAUUUCAAUACGGACAAAAACGGGCUCAGAUAUACUAUUAGUAUCAUCCGCAACACCAACCCUACCGAAAAUCUCCCUAUGCCAUCGAUGCUUUAUCUCAACAAUCCUCUUGAGGAUUGUCGUGUCAAUCAUAUCAAGAUUGAAGCAGCAAAACACAUGGGCCGUACUUCGCAGCAGGUUGCAUGGCAGCGUUUUGGUCCACAACUCCUUGCGGCCAUCUCGUGCUCUAUUGUAAACCUGCAGGGUCACGUCGUCUUCAACUUGACGGCAGAAUACGACCUAGUACCUCCGAAUGCGAUCAGAAGAUUCGACCUUACGCAAGGCACGAAAGAUGAAUGGAAAUAUGCGGCUGAGGAAAACCUAUUCCAAUUCGUAUUGAGAAACAACACUGCAGAGCCUGCUAUGUGGUGGGCUGAGUCGCUCAUGUCUUUUUCAUGGAUCGACACAGCUCUAAAGAUGGAACAAGCAAACAAUGUGCGAGACAACGACAAAGGCGAAUAUUGGCAAGGUGGGAGUCUAAGUUUUCGAUCCUCUGGGACUACAGCAGACAUCUCUUCAAGCUCCUUCUUCAACGUUUCUUACUCCAUGCUCAUGGACAACGGCUUAAUCGUAAUGUCAGGUACUGAGCCUGUUACUAUCGAUGGAAACUCGACCGAUCCGUUCUCUCUAAUGCUUGUCUCGGCUGACUCGCUCGCCAAAGCAUUUUACAGCACCAUCUCUGCGGACCUCGGUGUAGUCAAUGGGCCGAACAUCCUAACCAACCAGGAAUCUUUACAGCAAUUCACUAGUGACUACGGCAAUAUCGAAAUCCAUCUGAUUGCAGCCGGUCCAGCAAGCGAUAGUUAUGACACACCCAAAACAGUGACCGGCGAGCCAAAAGUAACGGAAUCUACCAUCUUCACCAGACUCCGCAACAAUCAAUCGAUUGACAUGAUUGAUUCCUAUAUAGGUUAA